CCCCACUCCUUCCCCAAACAAAAUCCGUCAAUGCACAGUUUCGCUAUAAAUAUAUUGUAACAACACAGAAAUGCGGGUGGGAGGCGUCAAGUAUUACAGACAUGGGGAAGCGAACGCAACACGAUCAACGGUGAGGAUGCAAUUUCUGAGCCGUCAAGGAAAGGUGGGGAGAGGUCUAAGAAUGGUUGAAGGCAGGGAUAUGAAAGAAAUGGCCAAAGAACAGGCGCAUGAGGAAUGGGGGCGCUUAGAAGAAGAGGGCAGCGACGGCGGGGACGAGGGCGGCGGCAACAGCGGGGAGCAUGCUGAUCUUGGAGGCGUCGCUGGUGGAGCCGGCCGAGGGGGAGGAAGCGGCCGAGCUGGGCUUGGAGGGGGCGGGGGCAGCACCGGAGGUGGCAGGGGCAGGGACGGGAGCAGCGCCCGAGGGAGCGGGGGCGGGGACGGGGGCACCCGAGGUGUUGGCGGUGGCGGGGAGAUCGCCGGCAGCAAUGAGCCAGUAGGUGUCAGUGGCAAUGAGCAUGACGUGGCUGAAGUCGUAGAACGACUCGGGGAUGUUGGGCUGGGAGGCACCGAUGAAGGAGAUGUUGCCGGGGUAGUUCUGGUUGGUGUAGUCACCGUAGAUGGAGGUGGUGGAGAGAGGGAAGCCGGUGGUGCUGCUGGCGCUGGUGGAGCCCCAGAGUUGGAUCAUCUGGGAAGCAGCGGCAGAGGUCAUGGAGACGUCGGUGAGCUGGACGGUGCAGCCAUCGAUGAUGGUGAACUUUCCGGAGAAGGUGGUCUUGACGCCGGUCUUGGGGUUGGCAAAGGACUGCUGGACCAGGGGGACGCUGACGCUCUGGCCGGCGUAAGGGUAGUUGGUGGGGUUGCAGACGAGGGCAAGGGAGGAGGCAGCGAGGCCGAGGAAGGCAGCGACGGAGGCAGCGUUGACCAUUUUGGAGGAGAGAGAGAGUGAAAGCAGCGAAGGGUUGGGCAAGCAAGGAGCGGCGGCAGGAAGAUGAGGGCCGAGCCGGGGCGGGAGCGGACCUGGCUAUUUAACGGGAGGCGGCCACGAGCAGGACAGCGCGAGCCCGAGGGCGACCAAGGCGGGGGGAGGACUCAGGGGCC